CGGGCAGGCGGGGGGCUGCGCGCGGCCCCCAGAUUCUGAAAAGGACUUAAUACUUGGAAUGAGAAUAUUGCCAUCAUGAGUCAACAAGGUUAUGUUGCAGCUCCUCCAUAUUCCCAAUCCCAGCCAGGAAUAGGAGGCUUUUCUGCAGGUUUUGGACCAUCUAAUUCUUCACUUCAUUUUGGGCAUUAUGGGGACCCUAACUCCUCAUACUCAGCACCUCAACCAGGUGUGUCGAAAUCAACUGUGCCUUUUGGAUCUUCAGCUCCUGUUGGGCCUCCACCACCUGGUACACAUCAAUUCAGCCAGACCAACUUCCAAAAUGGGCCCAAUACACCAGGGCAACAGCCACAUAGGUUUCAAGGCCCUCCACCUCCAAGCAAUGCAGGACCUUCCUAUCCUCCCUACAGUCAUCAGUCACAACCAGCCUACCCAAAUACUGCAUCCACUUCACCUACAGCACAACUUGCUAACCACCUCAACAGCAUGCAGAUAAAUAGCUAUGGUCCUGGCACUACUCCGAGCUCUCGCAUGUCUUCUGGACAUCCAGCAUCUUUUCAGGGUCCACAGCUACCACCACCAACCCAGCAGCAAAUCACUUUACCACCUGGAUCACAGGUUCGUCCACCAGCAAAUAAUGUUAACAGCCUUUGUGCUCAGCCAUCAUUGCCUCCUAUGGCCAGACAAGAUGGAAUCCCUGGACCUGUCCCCCCAACUCCUAACUUGCAACAGCUUUCAGGACAGCCUCCAGGGCCUGGAUAUCAUCCUCAGCAAGCAAACUAUGGUCCUCAAAUGGCAGGAUCUCAACUGUCUUAUCCUGGUGCUUUUCCUGGGGGGCCAGCACAGCUCCCUGGUCCACAGCAGAAGAAGCUUGAUCCUGAUUCUGUUCCAAGCCCAAUUCAAGUAAUUGAAAAUGAUAAGGCUUCUAGGGGAGGGCAGAUCUAUGCUACAAACACAAGAGGACAGGUUCCCCCUCUUGUCACCACAGACUGCGUAAUCCAAGACCAAGGCCACGCCAGCCCUCGUUAUAUCCGAUGUACUACCUACUGCUUCCCAUCGUCUUCAGAUAUGGCCAAACAGGCUCGCAUUCCACUGGCAGCUGUCAUCCAGCCUUUUGCUACUGUUCCACCAAAUGAGACACCUCUUUAUGUCGUGAACCAUGGUGAGACUGGACCAAUCCGAUGCAACCGGUGCAAAGCUUAUAUGUGUCCCUUCAUGCAGUUUAUUGAAGGUGGACGAAGAUAUCAGUGUGGAUUUUGCAAUUGUAUAAAUGAGGUCCCUCCAUUCUUCUUUCAACAUCUGGACCACAUUGGCCGACGGGUAGACCACUAUGAAAGGCCUGAGCUAUCUCUGGGAUCUUAUGAAUAUGUUGCUACUUUGGAUUAUUGCCGAAACAACAAGCCUCCAAAGCCACCAGCUUAUAUCUUCAUGAUUGAUGUAUCGUACAGAAACAUAAACAGUGGCCUAGUUAAACUCAUAUGUGAUGAACUGAAGACUCUGCUAGAUAAACUUCCAAGAGAAGAGCAAGAAGAAUCCUCAGCAAUUCGAGUUGGUUUUGUCACUUAUAACAAGGCCCUCCACUUCUUUAAUGUAAAAAGCAGCUUAGCUCAGCCUCAGAUGAUGGUGGUCUCAGAUGUUGGAGAAGUUUUUGUUCCUUUGCUGGAUGGUUUCCUUGUAAACUUUCAGGAAUCACGAUCUGUUGUUAUCAACUUGUUGGACCAGAUUCCAGAGAUGUUUGCGGACACUAACGAGAGUGAGACCAUCUUCGCUCCUGUUAUCCAGGCUGGCAUGGAGGCACUAAAGGCUGCAGAAUGUGCUGGAAAAUUAUUUAUCUUCCAUUCUUCAUUGCCAACUGCGGAAGCACCAGGGAAGCUGAGAAACAGAGAUGACAAAAAACUACUCAAUACAGAUAAAGAAAAGACACUCUUCCAGCCCCAGGUGAAUUCUUACGAGGCCUUAGCCAGGGAUUGUGUGGCUAAUGGCUGCUGCGUGAAUUUGUUCCUCUUCCCAAAUCAGUAUGUGGACGUAGCCUCCAUGGGUCUUGUCACAAUGUACACUGGAGGAACGUUGUACAAGUACAGCAAUUUCCAGCUCGAUGCUGACAGCCCCCAGUUCUUGAGCGACCUCAGGAAGGACAUAGAAAAAAAGACCGGAUUUGAUGCAAUAAUGAGGGUUCGGACAAGUACAGGCUUCAGGGCUACAGACUUCUUUGGUGCCAUUUACAUGAACAACACCACAGAUGUAGAGAUGGCAGCAGUUGACUGUGACAAGGCAGUGACAGUGGAGUUCAAACAUGAUGACAAACUGAAUGAAGACAGUGGAGCCUUAAUUCAGUGUGCCGUCCUUUACACAUCAAUAAGCGGGCAAAGACGACUUCGCAUACACAAUAUAGGUUUAAAUUGUAGCUCCCAGUUAGCUGAUGUCUACAAGACUUGCGAGACUGAUGCACUUAUCAACUUCUUCGCUAAGUCAGCUUUUAAAGCCAUUCUAAGCCAACCACUGAAGGCAGUCAGAGACAUCCUGGUGAACCAGACAGCUCACAUGCUGGCGUGUUACAGGAAGAACUGUGCCAGCCCGUCGGCAGUAAGCCAGCUCAUCCUUCCGGAUGCAAUGAAGGUGCUGCCAGUGUACAUGAACUGCCUGCUGAAGAGCUGCGUGCUGGUUGGCAGACCGGAAAUUCCAACUGACGAGCGAGCUUACCAUCGGCAGCUGGUCAUGUCUAUGGGGGUAGCUGACACGCAGUUCUUCUUCUAUCCCCAGCUUCUGCCAAUUCACAGCCUGGAUCUGAAGAGUGAUGCUGUCCCAGCUGCCGUCCGCUGCUCUGAGGAACGUCUCUCCGAAGGAGGGGCCUUCCUUCUGGCCAACGGUCUGAGUAUGUUCCUAUGGCUGGGAGUCAGCGCGCCCCCGGAGCUCAUCCAAGGGCUUUUCAACGUGCCAUCCUUUGCACACAUCAGCACGGAGGCUACAUCGCUGCCUGACCUGGACAAUCCAUUUUCUAAGAAACUUAAGUCACUUCUGGAGCAUAUCCAGAGCCAAAAGCCCUACACUAUGAAGCUGAUUAUAGUGAAACAACGGGAGCAGCCAGAGAUGCUUUUCCGACAGUUCCUUGUAGAAGACAAGAGUAUUUAUGGAGGCGCUUCUUACGUGGAUUUCUUAUGCUGUGUUCACAAAGAGAUCUGCCAACUGCUCAGUUAAGGAAACUCAAGUACAAUUUGUCAGUUUCUUUUUGAUUGUGCAAGAGGGACAGGCACUGGUGCCUGAAGGCUGGCCCACAGCUCCGCUGCACCUGGGCAUUCUGCUGUGCUUUAGUGAACCUUUUCUGUCCUCUUUUUGUACAGUUUCAUUUCAUACAAGCUCUCACUGAGUAUUUCGCUUACUUACUAAGCUCUAGAAUAAGAAAUUCUGCACUCAGGUAUUAAUCUUGUGGGAGUCCUGACUCUUUCUCUAAGUUGAACUGCCAGAUUUCAAACUGUCAACGCUUAAGAGCAUAUGGUAUGCAUUUAUUAAAAUAUAAAAUUUAGAAAACUUUUUAAUUAUUCCUUUUGCUAGUCAUAAGUAAGUAAGUAAGUCAAGUCGUACGAGAGCCAGGAAAGAUGCUAAAAAUCUAUACUGAAGAGGAAAAAAAAAUACAAAACACUGCUUUUUCUAAGUGAGGGCAUAGAGUUGAAUCAGAUUUGCAGUAAUCAUGUAGUUCAAUCUAAGUACUUCAAAGUCUUUCAUGUAAAGCUAAUGAAAAAAAAAAAAAAUCCCCUUUUUCCUGGAAGGGACAAGCAUUACUUCCUACAGAAACAGGGCUCUGGGUAACCUGUCACACCCAGGGUUAUCCAGGACACAAAAAUGUCUCCAUUUAUAACUGGACUUGAGUAAAUUUAACAGCAGUGGACCACAGGAAGAACAGUAAUCAAACAAUCCUUUUGCUAAGUUUGGCAGAUAUUGCCAUACAAUUCUCUAGUCUUAAGGGCAGCAAUUAAUUUAGCAUACUAUUUAAUUACAUUUUCAAGAUUAAACAUGUUAGGUUUUAUUUAGUACAUUUACUAACUGGAAUAUUCCCAAUAUAACUUAGAUUAGAUAGAUAGAUAAACAUCUGUCCCUCAAAAUUUCCGUGGCAGGUCAACUGUAAGGCAGUUGACACAUUAACCAAAGGUUAUUUGUGGUGCUAUAAAAAGAAAGCCUCUUGUUUAAUACCAGUUCUAUUACAGUGACCUCCUCUCACAUGACUGAUUUAUUCAACAGUCACUGCUUUGAAAAAUAAGCCUUUGCUAAUAUCAAUAUUUAAGGUAGAAUUUAGAAAUCCAGAGUCUUUGGAAGAGCUGUUUACCUCAGAUACAAACAGACCGAUGAAGUAUCUUUAGGACCAAUGCCUCUGCAUGUGAGGUUUGAACCUUUCCAAACUUGAAAAGCUAUUGUUACAAAAAACAGUGUUUCACAGAAAGCAAAAAACCCUCAGAAGUAAGGAUAAGAGUUGGGCCUCAUUAAAAAAAAAGUGCCUUUAAACAUGUUAGUGUUGCUACUUAGUGUUAAUCAUUUUCAUAUCCAAGCUAAGCAGUCAAGAUGCAUGGUUUUUGGCUUGACAGCUUAUCAAAACACUUGUAUCCUUGUGUAUUGACUGAGAGCUCUUAUAAAAUAAGUGGCUAUAUUACAGAAGGAUCCUCAAACUGAAUUCAGCUGCCAAGACAGGCACUUUUUAGCUGAAGACAUUACCCUGUACAAAGUAUUUGUUUCCAUUCCCAGUAAGUGUACUUUGUAAAAUGACACCAGCAACUCUGUGUGUAUGAAAUGAGCAAUUAUUAAAUAUAAUCAUCACGUGUGUGUUUAUUCUUUCAUAUACUAAGUACUCUAAGGUUUUUAUGCCAAAAAGCUA